CGCGGGUUGAAGGGCACAAUCAGUGCUCGUAUUCCCCUUCCCCCUUCCUCCCUUCCUCCGCCUCGUUUUCCUUUCCUCCCCCCUCUCCCUCCCUCCCUCUCUCCUCCCGUGACUGCGCGUCCGUCAGGAACACAUAGUGACCAUGGUCCCGAUCCCGGCCAAGAAGCGGGCACCGGCUGGCCCAUCGGCUGCUGGCAAGAAGCCCACCCCUGGCGGUGCUGGUAAGCAGCUCGCCAAGGCAAAGUCUGGUGCCGCCGCCAGCAAGAAGUCCGCCAAGGCGGCGCCUGCUCUCUCGGAUGAAGACCUUGAUGGGUUCCGUCUGCACGAUGUGCAGGACGACGCCUAUGACUUCGGCGACGACGAUGAGUUUGGUCUCGGUGACGGCGAGGCAGAGUUUGCCUCUGAGCACGACGACCGGCCCUCUAAGAAGGCCGGCAAGAAGAAGGCCGGCAAGCCGGCCGACGACUCGGAUCUCGAGGAGGAGGACGACAAUGACGCCGAUGAUGUCGAUGGCUCCCUUGCCAAGGAGUUCAUUUCGGCCGCCAAGCGCAAGGGCAAGGCUGGCUCCUUCGUGUCGAUGGGCAUCUCCCGGACCACCCUGCGCGCCAUUCAGCGCAAGGGCUUCUCCCAGCCGACCCCCAUCCAGCGCAAGACCAUUCCCAUCAUCAUGGAGGGCAGCGAUGUGGUCGGUAUGGCGCGCACCGGUUCCGGUAAGACCGCCGCCUUUGUCAUUCCUCUGAUUGAACGCCUGCGGUCCCACUCGGCCAAGGUCGGCGCCCGUGCCAUCAUCCUGAGUCCCUCGCGUGAGUUGGCCCUGCAAACGCACCAGGUGUGCCGGGAUCUGGGCCGCUUUACGGAUCUGCGCACGGCCAUGUUCAUUGGUGGUGAGAGUCUGGAUGACCAGUUCACCGCCAUGGCCAACCAUCCGGACAUCAUCAUCGCCACCCCCGGUCGUCUGUUGCACGUGCUGGUGGAGAUGGACUUGAAGCUCCUGGCGGUGGAAUAUGUGGUCUUCGAUGAGGCCGAUCGCCUCUUUGAGAUGGGUUUCGCCGAGCAGAUCAAUGAGAUUCUCAGCCGCCUCCCGCCCAAUCGCCAGACGCUGCUCUUCUCGGCCACCCUGCCGAAGAUGCUGGUGGAGUUCGCGCGUGCCGGCCUCACCGAUCCGGUGCUGGUUCGCUUGGAUUCGGAGACCAAGAUCAGCGACGACUUGAAGAUGUCCUUCAUCGGCACUCGCCAGGAGGACAAGUUCUCCCUCGUGCUCUUCACUCUGCGGCACAUCAUCCCCGAGAAGCAGCAAACCAUUGUAUUCGUGCCGACGCGCCACCAUUGCGACUACCUGCAGCUUAUGCUGCAGCUUGCCGGGAUUGAGUCGCGAUCGAUCUAUGGUCAGCUGGACUCAUCCGCGCGGCACAUUUCCCUCAGUCGCUUCAAGAAGAAGACUCUUCGAAUUCUCAUCGUGACGGAUGUUGCCUCGCGUGGUUUGGAUAUCCCCCUGCUGGACAAUGUGAUCAACUACAACUUCCCCGCUCGGCCGAAGCUCUUCAUCCAUCGUGUGGGUCGUGUUGCGCGUGCUGGACGCUCGGGCAAUGCCUACUCGCUGGUGUCCUCCGACGAGCUGCCCUACAUGAUGGAGCUCCAGCAGUUCCUCGGCAAGCCGCUGACCGUGGUGCCGACGCAGUACAAGUCCAAGGCCGAGCUGGAGGAUUUCGACCAGAAGACACGCGGCGUGUCGGUGCAGUAUGGUGUCGUUCCGCCGAACACCCUGGACUCGGAGAAUGAGUGGCUUUCCCGCCAGCUGGAGGACAAUGUGGAUCUGCACUCCAUGAGCAAGGUCAUCACCAAUGCCCAGAAGAUGUACAUCAACACCCGUCCCCAGUGUGACAAUCCGGAAUGCCAUGACCGCGCGAAGGAAGUGCUCGAUGCCAAGGCCGGCAUUCACCCGCUGUUCAUCAAUUCCAUUCAGGAUGGCGAGGUGGAGCAGGCUUCCAUCAUGGACCAGAUUCGCUCCUUCCGGCCGCAGAUCACCAUCUUUGAGCAGGGCAAGAACGCCCGUGGCGGGCAGCUGCUCAUGCAGAAGACUCGCCAGCUUCACUCGAGUGUGCGCUUCACCAGCGAGCUGAUCAAGGAGAAGAAGCAGCUGGCAACGACCCUGCUGUCGAAGCUGCCAGCCGUGGCCAAGAGCGCAUCCAAGCGGGACACCCGCUUUGACUCGGACUCCGAGGGCGAGGAUGGCCUGGAGCAGGCGGAGCUCAACUCGCCUGAGGUUCUGAGUGUCUUCAGCAAUGUCGUUUCCACCGGUGGCCGGAGCAUGAGCGGCGCCUUCCGGGACAAGGCCAACUACAUUGCCUACCAGCAGCAGGACACCCACACCGAGCGGGGCUAUUCUCUGUCGGAGUCCGGGAACUUCGUGCAGCAGGCCCAGGGCGCGUCCAUGGACAUGAUUGGUGAUGACAGCGAGACCAUGCGCAAUCACAAGGUGCAGAUGAAGUGGGACCGCAAGAAGAAGAAGUUCGUCCGGUCGGACCCUCUUGGAGCCAUGUCGGCGGAUGGCAAGACCAAGAUGAUUCGCACGGAGGCCGGAAACCUGAUCCCGGCCAACUACAAGGCCGGUGCGUAUGACGAGUGGAAGAAGCGCAACCGAGCCCUGCUGGACCGUACCGACACGUCCAGCGGAUCGAUCGAGUAUGGCCGGAAGUCCGAUGGGCGUUGGGGACUGAAGAAGCGGACUUUCGAGUCGUCGGAGUUCCAGUCGUCAUUCGAUGGCGAGGGUGGUGACGAGUCGGGCGGGAGCCAGCCGGCGGCCAAGCGUGCACGCACCGCCGGCGGUGCCGUCCAGGCUGGCAAGAAGAAGGGCCCGGGCGGUCGUCCCAUCAAGAGCGAGGUCAAGUCGGCCGAACAGUUCCGCAAGGCUCAGAUUACCAAGCACCGCAAGCAGGAGUUCAUGGAGUCCCGCCGCCGUAUCAACGAGAAGCGCCGUGCUGCCUCUGGCAAGAAGAAGAAGUGAUUGUGCUUUGCCCGUGCGCCUGGGAGCACGUCAAGGCCCUGGCCAUCCUCCGGCCAUUUUUGGGCGGUUGCCGCCCAUGCCCAACGGGGGCCUGGCUGUGGGAGCGACACACACACACAUACCCCGGCCAGUCCGAUUUUCCCCUCCUUGCUGCCAAUAAAGAUAGAUAAUCAUCCAACA